AUAGUUCCUUGUAACUGAGCCAUGAUACAACUCCAGGUUAACAAAUGCACAGAAAUUUACAAUUUCAUGACAGUAUGUUCUGCUGAGUUAUGUUUAUUAUCCAUAUUUGAAGAUAUGCUAAUAUUAAAUUUAAAGAAUUGAUAUCUCUAUUGCUUCUGGCAGCACAUCAGACGGUGGUACAAAGAUGGAAAGAAUUAAAAGAUUUGAGUAUAUUGGCAUGGAUAAAAAAUGUAUGGAACAUUGCCUUAUUAGAGAAAAUUACCCGUUUACUUCGCCUCUCUCGAAGGUUGGAAAAGAAAGACAAUUUCAAUGCUACAUGCUGGGAAUUUAUUGCAUAUGUUUUGGAGUGUGAUUUACAAGGACAUUUGUCAGUUGCAGCAAGAUAUAUAUGGUCUCAGCCUGAACCAAUCUUUGUGAAGUCUCGAUGUUAUGAAGCCAAGGAGCAAAGCCACCAAACAUUAAGGUAUACAAUGACGGCAGCAGUGGGAAUUAACCCUGAUGUGGAAAGACAUAAACAAUGGAAGGACCAACACCCGAACCCGUCUUUGUCGACGUGGACAAAGGACUAACAUUAGCAUGCUUUGUCUUCCUUUGCCUCUUCCUGAUUGUCAUGAUUAUUCGCUGCGCAAAAGUCAUCAUGGACCCUUACAGCGCCAUCCCGACGUCCACGUGGGAGGAGCAGCACCUGGAUGACUGACAAGGGGAGGCAGGGGGAAGAGGCGGACAAGAACGGCCAACGGGGAGCUUGCCCAAGAGAGCACAACUCAAACAGCUUCUAUGGAGGGAGGAGGGUGCAAAAUGUUAUACAGCUUUCCCAAGAUGCACAGGGCAAUGUAGGUCCCCUCUGAGAGAGCACACAGAGGAUAGAUUCCUCUCGCAUAUCACCUUGGGUGCAUUCCUGCGUUCUUCCUUCUCCCAGCCUAUUUCGAUGCAAUGACCUCCAAGCUCUGAUAAGGAAAUGAUUACCGCUGUAUAUCAAGUAGCACAAAGGCUCUCUAGGCACUAGAAAAAUCCCUUUCAAGCUUUUUCUAAUAUAAUCUCUAUGAAGCAGCUUUUCUCCAUUUAAAACCAUUAUUUGUAACUGAAAUGUGAAAUACAUUCUACAAAUACAGGCAGUGCGGACAUGACACAUAGAUACCAGGGUAUGGAGGGUGGGUCAAAGAUGUGGCUGGUGUUUUAAAAUGAGGGUAUUUUACAACAGAUUGGCCACAAAAGGCUUCAGGAUUUUUCCUCAGUCAUAACAGGUGUACGUUACAAGGUUGAUUAAAAAUCAGGGUCCUGGGCAGGACAGUCAUAUGCAUAUCAUAGCUUUCAAGCAAUUUAAAGCACAUGGCUUCCCCCCAAAUAUCAUGGGAAUGGUAGAUUGUUAAGGGCGCUGAGAACUCUAGCUGUGUGAAGGGUAAACUGCAGUUCCCAGGAUUCUUCUCAGAAGAGUCUUCUCAGUGGCUGACUCACCUCCUUUCACUCUGAUUGGUUCCAGUCAGCACAUAAGGAAUAGGACUCUUCCCAGUGGCUAACAUGCUCCACUUGCAUGCUAACUGGCUUAUACGUGUAGAUCAGGCUGGGACCCUGCUCCCAAAAAAGUAAGGGGUCUAGGAUCCCCCCUGCGACCCCUGAUGACUACACCCUUGCUGGUUGGAUAGCCUUGUCACAUUGGCUGGAUAACAUCUAUCAGGAGCAGACAGAGGCCCCCCAAAGAGAGAUAAAGUAAUCCUAUCCAACUUAAGACUUGAAUCAAACCGAUGGGACUUACCCAAAGCUGUAGCCAGACACACUAAGUAGGUAGGAGUUACCAACUUUUUUCCCCAUAGGGCUUCUCUACCUUUACCUGUAACCUGGCAGGGAGAAAUGUAGCAGGUAAACUUUCCCUCCUCCAGUUCAUCUCCAGGCUCAGCUUUACAGCAGGGCACCACUUUACAGCGAUUCUCUUUACAGUGCUUCGCUAACACAGCAGUCUCAAUUAGAUGCAAUUAGGCUAAAGCCCCGCUUGUUCCGCUUUUACGGCGGUUUUCGGGCAUCACGCGCCAUUCUGUUCAAUGAGUUCUGCUUUACAGUGGUUUCACUUUACAGUGGGGGUCCGGAACGUAACCUGCCGCAUGAGUGGGGCCCUACUGUACUUACUUUUUUUUUUUAGCCUAUAAGGCUGCUGUUAAAGGCAGAGGACCCCCUGCCAGACUAAAGGUGACAAACCUCAUCAACAGAUGGAGAAGUAAGAAGCAACUGUAACCUGAUGUGGCUUUCAUCUCCCAGUGGCAAGGCUAGAAGGAAAAGAGAAAGCAAAUUUUGGACCUUCUAAAUAGCUCAUCCGCUAAUACUUCUGGUUAUACUCCUGAAUAAGAUGCCUUGUUCAACGCACAGACACGCCCCAAAGACAAGCCGCUUGUUUGGACAAAUUCUCUUUGGAAAAAAAAAUUAAUGGAAAUUUCAUAUGCACAAGGACCGCAGCUUUGGGUGACCAAAUAAUUCUGAACCGCAUGAGAAAAAGUGCCUCUGCUAAUUUUAUUUUAAGUAAAAUCAAAUAAAUGUUAAGUCUUAAGUAAUUCUUCCAUACCAGGGACAGUUGCACGGAGAGAAAGAAUAUCUAACAGAAACCUUGUAGUGAAUGUAUUAUCUAAUAAGUGGCUUUAAUAAAAAAAUCU